AUGCCUGGAAUGAAAAGUCAACCUUCUACUCGACCGCCCCAUCCCGAGCAUCUUGUACGGUCUCUACAGUAUCUGAAGAGAGUGGUGCUCCUGGAGCUAUACCUGCCUAUCGGGACAUUUGGAAAAGAGGAGCAGGUGAACGAAGAGUUUGCCAAGGAGUACUUGAACCCUCAGGAAUUUGUGUUUGCGGACGGUAGAUGGGGUGUCGUGCCCGUCUUCAAGUUGCCAACCAAGUCCUCGCCUGCAUAUCCCAGUAUCGACUUCGGCACUGAGCUUUGCACGCUCACUGGCAGCAGGCUUGACGCUUCCGAAUUCGCUUUUCGAAUGCUGGACUCAGACAUCGCCAUUUCGUGCCCAUCCACUAGCACAUGCUACUGGUUCUCGGCCAGCCUCCAAUGA